AUGGCGAAUCAACUGGUGACCCACCGGCGGGUGCACACGGGCAAGAAGCUCUAUGGCUGCUCCACAUGCGGCAAGAGCUUUGCCCAGUUGUCAGGGCUGAGGGAACACCAGAGGGUGCACAGCAGUGAGCGGCCCUUCACCUGCUCCGACUGCGGUAAAGGCUUCAAGUCGUCGCCAGAGCUGAAGCAGCACAGGCGCGUGCACACCGGCGAGCGUCCCUACAACUGCGCCCAGAGCGGCAAGGGCUUCAAGUCGUCGCCAGAGCUGAAGCAGCACAGGCGCGUGCACACCAUGGUGCGGCCCUACACCUGCAACCAGUGCGGCAAGGGCUUCACCUCCUCCGGCAACCUGCUGUCCCACCAGCGCAUCCACACCGGCGAGCGCCCCUUCACCUGCACCCAGUGCGGCAAGGGCUUCACCCAGUCCGGCAACCUGCUGUCCCACCAGCGCACCCACACCGACGAGCGCCCCUACACCUGCGCCCAGAGCGGCAAGGGCUUCACCCAGUCCGGCAACCUGCUGUCCCACCAGCGCACCCACACCGACGAGCGCCCCUACACCUGCGCCCAGUGCGGCAAGGGCUUCAAGUCGUCGCCAGAGCUGAAGAAGCACAGGCGCGUGCACACUGGGGAGCGGCCCUACACCUGCAACCAGUGCGGCAAGGGCUUCACCCAGUCUGGCAACCUGCUGUCCCACUCCGCUGGCGUUCUGCGGCUCCGCUGGAGUUCUGCUGCUCUGACUAGCUCAGGAGUGAGACGGAGAUCGACCAGAGAGUUGUUGCAGCUGCAGGAACCGAAGUCCAGAAGUUCCUGUUGGCUGUACGAAAGGGAUGCAAGACUGCUCCGUGUGAGCUGCCUUGAGACAGCGAUGUCUGAUGACGUCAUUUACGUGAUGCCAAACAGCUCCGGUGAGUAUUUUUGA